AUGUCCACCGUAGACCCUCAACCACAACCCCAACCCCAACCGCAUCGACCACUACCUACUUCCCACAUCCCACGAUCAAUACCUUCGCAGCACGCGUCCUCCCUCACAUCCGUCAUAACCGCCUGCCACACCCUCAUCAGCCUAUUUCUCAGCGAGAGUCACGAACCUAAUUCCCUCCUCGCGCGCGUGCAGCAUCAAACCCGCAUCUCACUACAAAUAAUCUCCGACGCCCUAACGCAAUACGCUCUCGACGAGAUUGCGCUCUCCUAUAAUGGUGGGAAAGACUGUCUCGUGCUCCUAAUCCUCUUUCUCGCAGCACUGCACACAAAACUCCCGAUCGACGAGGCCAAAAGGCCCUUGAUCCCCGCUAUGUACGUUGCUGAAGCAGAUCCAUUCACCGAAAUGGAAGAGUUCGUGAACUGGUCAAAGCAGAUUUACCACCUUGAUUUGGCGCGAUAUACAAAGAAUGCGAACACGACGCUCAAGUCCGGGUUUGAAGAUUAUCUAAACAGAAAUCCGUCCGUCAAGGCGAUCUUUGUGGGCAUGAGGAGGACGGAUCCGCAUGGGGCGAAUUUGACAUGGUUUGAUAGGACGGAUAGUGGGUGGCCGGACUUUAUGCGCAUUCACCCGGUUAUUGAUUGGCGGUAUGCGGAGAUUUGGGCGUUUCUGCGUCAUCUACGAUUGGAGUACUGUUCGCUGUAUGAUCAGGGCUAUACGAGUCUAGGGGGGCUGUCGAAUACGCAUCAGAAUCCGAGUCUGUGGGACCCCGUGAAGGAGGAAUAUCGACCCGCGUACGAGUUGACGGACGACUCACUGGAGCGUUCAGGUCGCAGUUGA